AGUGUGUACUCUUCCUUGCUGACUGUCCGCAGGUAAAGCCUGGUGAUACAGCACUGACUCAGCCAGAGGUCCUGUUUCCAUGGCGUAGCGUGGUUGUUGGUGGCGACGGCACCAUGAGGCGAGUAAAGAGGGACUGGGUCAUUCCGCCUAUCAACGUUCCUGAGAACUCAAGAGGGCAGUUCCCAGAGGAUCUAGUCAGGAUUCGUUCAGAUCGGGAUAAGAACCGGAUGCUGCGCUACAGUGUGACAGGUCCUGGUGCUGACCAACCUCCAACUGGCAUCUUCAUCAUCAACCCAAUCUCAGGCCAGCUGUCCGUCACCAAACCUCUGGACAGAGAACACAUCCCUAACUUCCAUGUAAGUCUCAUUGCAUGAGAGCAAAGCUUACUA